AUCUGAAAGUGCCAAACCGUUGUGUCCUGCUGAACGCGCCCGAGGCCAAGGAAACCCCCGUAUUCCCUCUGCUUUAGCAGGCCAAUGAGUAGCCAGACUGGCAGAGUUAGGUUAAAAUAUCCAUCAGAUUUCCAUAUAGCUACCUCCUCGAGGAAUUCAGGAAAAGCACACAAAACCCACCUCGAAUAAGGUUAACAUCACAUCAAAUAACACCAGCUACUCAGUAACUACAGCAUAUGACUGCCCAGGAGGUGCGGCUGUGUGGCCUGCUGCUACAGGAGCACUUUGGAGAGGUGGUGGAGAGGAUAGGCACUCACCUGCUCAGAGGAGGGGCACAGAACCUCAGGACCAUCGCCAAUGAGACCAACACACCACUGGACCUGGUGAAGAAGUCUCUGUGUGUGUUGGUACAGCACGGUGCUUGUGAGUUCGGGUCGGGCCGGCGAGGCCCCGGGAGCCCAGUGGAGUACCGGGCCAGCUGUGAGCGGGUUCUAAGGGUUCUGCGGUACCCGCGGUACAUCUACACAGCUAAGACCCUGUAUGGAGACACAGGAGAACUCAUCGUGGAGGAGGUCCUACAACGAGGCCAUAUGACCAUGAGCAACACGGUCAAGACUGUAGCUGACCGACUCACUCAUAACAUGGAGGAGGGUCGUAGUAUGGAGUACAGUGAGGUGGUCUCAGCCUUCUCUAAGCUGGUGGAGACUCACUUCCUGCAGCGCUGUCCUCCGGUGGCCGAGAUGGGAACUGCAGCCACCUCCACUACCCCGGCGACCCCCGGCACCCCUGCCGCCCCCGCCUCCACUGCCCCCCCAACAGCAGAGAGCAACCCCGACUGCUACACACUGCCCCAUGUCACACUCAUAGGUCGUGGGAAGCGCAGACGCUCCAGUGACGACAGUGAGGAGCAGAGAGGAGGGAAGAAAGCCAAGAUGGACUCAGAGUCGUGUGGUGAUGAGGGGAUCUACUGGCAGGUGAACUUUGAGAGGUUCCAUCAGCACUUCAGAGACCAGGCCAUCAUUAGUGCUGUGGCCAGCAAACUGGACCAGACCAGUAGUGAGAUAGUGAGGACUAUGUUGAGGAUGAGUGAGGUUACCACCACACAGACCGCCGCCUACACUCAGCCCCUCUCAGCCAAUGAGAUCUUCCGCUCCCUCCCGCCCAACUACAGCAUCAGCAGACCAAUCCUGGACCAGUACCUCUCCCUUCUGGUGGAUGACCCGAUGGAGUUUGUGGGGAAAUCAGGUGACAGUGGAGGAGGAAUGUACGUGGUCAAUCUCCAAAGAGCCCUGGCCAACUUGGCGAGAGCCACACUGGAGUCUGUGGUACAGGAGAGGUUUGGCUCGCGGUCGGCUAGGAUCUUCCGUCUGUUGCUAAGGAAACGUCACCUGGAGCAGAAGCAGGUGGAGGACUUUGCUAUGAUCCCUGCCAAGGAGGCCAAAGACAUGCUGUACACACUGCUGUCAGAGAACCUGGUACAGCUACAGGAAAUCCCUAAGACUCCUGACCACGCCCCUUCACGUACCUUCUACCUGUACACUGUCAACCAGCUGCCUACUGCCCGGCUACUGCUACAACACUGCUACAAGACAGUGGCUAAUCUGAUUGAGAGGCGCCUCUUCGAGACCAAGGAGAACAAGCGUCUGCUGGAGAAGUCCCAGCGAAUCGAGGCGAUCCUGGCAUCGCUGCAGGCCAGUGGGGCGGAGCCUGAACAGCUGACAGAGGUGGAGGAGAUGAUCACUGCCCCCGAGAGACAGCAGCUAGAAGCCCUGCGACAUCACAUCAACAAGUUGGACUCUACAGAGAACCAGGUGGAUGAGACUGUCUUUCUACUGGAGUCCUACAUCUUCUCUACCAAGACCAAGUGAGAGGGAGGGAGAACCAGGUGGAUGAGACUGUCUUUCUACUGGAGUCCUACAUCUUCUCUACCAAGACCAAGUGAGAGGGAGGGAGAACCAGGUGGAUGAGACUGUCUUUCUACUGGAGUCCUACAUCUUCUCUACCAAGACAAGUGGGAGGGAGGAGGAGGGGAGAAACACAAUGGACAUGAAGUUGCAUCAAUAAAAUAUGUUUGGGUUUUCAUA